AUGGCGGACCGAGAACCACCCCCGUUAUUCGGUGAUGACGACGAAAAUCCAGAUAUUUUCGCCUCUGCAUCACAGUCUCCUCCUAAAGAUGACCCAGUAAAAGACCAGGAUGAUGAUCAGGAGGAUCUAUUUGCAGAUGCUGGUACUGAGAUAUCUUUAGAUGACGACAGCCAGAAGGAAAAAGCCCCUGAACAACAUCUGUCUGAGCCCGACCCGGAAGAUGAAGACAUCAUGACAACUCCUCAAGAAGAAGCACCAAAGAUGGGUGUAUCUGAAGCCUCUACAUCUGGUGGUGUAUCCAAGACUUCAGUUCGAGAAGAAAAAGCUAAAGACAUUGAUGAAGAUGAUGAAGAGUAUGAUGAUUUUACUUUGAGCGUCUCUAUAUCCGAUCCAAUCAAAGUUGGAGAUGGCAUGGGUGCUUAUAUGACCUACAAAGUCACCACAAUGACAACCAUUCCAGCUUUCAAGAAACCGGAAACAUCUGUGAUGAGAAGAUUCAGUGAUUUCCUUGGCUUGCAUGAGAAGCUAUGUGAAACUUACGCUCACCAGGGUCGAAUUAUUCCACCAGCGCCAGAGAAAAGUGUAAUAGGAAUGACUAAAAUAAAAAUGUCCAAAGAAGAAGCUAGCUCAGCAGAUUUUGUUGAAAGGAGGCGGGCAGCUCUAGAAAGAUAUGUCAACAGAACGGCCACUCACCCUAUCCUCCGAAACGACCCCACUUUCCGUGAAUUCCUAGAGCAAGAGGGCGAUCUACCCAGGUCGACGAGUACCUCUGCUCUUAGUGGCGCCGGUGUUCUGAGAUUAUUCAACAAAAUGGGCGACGCUGUCGGAAAGAUGACAUUCAAGAUGGACGAGACCGAUCAGCUGAACUAUGGUUUAUACCUACACUCUUAUUUUUGUAUUCCAUUGCCUUCUCUCUCCCCUACUGAACAGUGGGACUAUGACUUUGAGUGGUUUGAAGAAAAACAGACACAUUUUGAAAAUCUUGACCUCCAGCUGCGGAAGUUGCACACCAGUGUGGAGACCAUUGUCAGUUUCAGGAAAGAGCUGGGUGUUAGUACUGCCACAUUCGCUAAAAGUUGCGCGAUGCUCGCCAACUCUGAGGAGCAUACUGCCUUAUCGCGCGCUCUGUCACAACUUGCGGAGAUCGAGGAGAAAAUUGAACAACUUCACUCCGAUCAGGCGGAUACCGACUUCUUUGUCCUGGCCGAGAUGCUGAAGGAUUAUAUUUCACUUAUCGGGGCUGUCAAGGAAACGUUUGCUGAACGCGUCAAGAUGUACAAGACAUGGAAGGAUGCAGAGGCAAUGUUGACGAAGAAGAGGGAGGUUAAAGUCCGACUGGAACUUAGUGGAAAGACUGACAAGAUUGCCCAAGCUAGUAAUGAAAUCACUGAGUGGGAAGGCAAGGUCGAAAGGGGCCAGGAAGAUUUUGAGAAAAUCUCCGAGACAAUUAGGAAAGAAGUUUCACGAUUUGAUAAACGCCGAGUAAAAGAUUUCCAACAAUCAAUGAUCAAAUGUCUGGAUUCGUUAAUGGAAACACAACAGAAGCUUAUCAAAUACUGGGAGUCGUUUGUGCCAGAAGCAAAGGCCAUAGCGUAGAUAAUGCACGGAUAUCAUGAUUAAUUAUAUGUAAAAAGAGAGUUUAUAACAUUAUGUACAUCAUGUUCUUACUUCAUGUGCAAUUGAGUCUGGUGGUGCAUGAUUCGAGGACAGCGUUCACUCUUGAUGCCGAGCUUAAUAGCAAGCUUUUUUAGGGAAGCAUGUCAUGUUGAAUCUAUGUCACAAGGACAACAAACUACUUAAAAUAAUGGCUGGUAAAUGCAGUGAACUCCGUGAUUGGAAGAAGAACAUGUAUAUUUCCUAGUUAGAAGCUUCAUACGAUUCGGUAGACAAUCCAAAUUUAGUCACGAUCGGUCCAUUAAAAAUAGGUCAGAGCUUCCAACGGUUUCACUGGUUCCAGUGUCAUGAGUACAAAACAAGUGUGUCUUUAGGGAAAGUACACCUUUUCGAGAAGGUAUCGGAGAGACUUCACCCCUGCUCAUGGAGGUGUACUCGACAUGAUUCUGGAUUGUCUACCCGCACUUCAUUUUGAAACAUUGCUAAAGAUGCGCCUUGCUGUUGAUGAAGACUAUGUAAAUACUUGUAGCCAAGAUUAUCAUUGUUAUAUUGUAGCAUGUUUAGGCCAGUGAAGGUUAAAUGAUCAUUUUGCCACAGUCGGCCCUUGACUUGGGAAUCAUAACGUUGCAGUGGGAUGCCAGUUGUGUGUGGUCGUCAUAUCAUCGAACACUGUGAGUCCAUUGUGGGGGGCAGAUAACACAGCCAUGCUCUUGCAGAUACCCCCUUGGCCGUCUACUUGAUGUUAUCCAAGAGAUCAGCAAUGGAUAAUUGAAGGGUGUCAAAUUGAACAUUCAAAUUGUGGGAGUCGGCUAAUUAUUUGUGAUGUUGAAUGUUGAUAGAAAUGUGCUACAUUAUCUUUUGGUUAACUUUCACUGGCUUAGAGAUGUAUUUUAUUAAAAUGGGUUAAAUCAUGUGAUCAUAUAGCUAGAGAUUGAUUCAAGGAAUUUAUACGGAGCAGACCAACCUUGGUUAUCUAAUCAAGAUUGUGGGGGUAGACCGAAGACAGCGCCUUGGUUUUCUGAUGUGGUUUUAGAUCGAUUCCAGCAGUCCUGAUCAGAAAACCAAGGACCUACAGCGAGGCAUUAACUUCUAAGUGAACCUUGCCAUCAAAUUAAAACCUAGUGGUCCCUGGUUGCAACAUCAAGGAUGGCAGCAAUUCAAAUGAGGCUCAACAUAUCUGCCAAUACAAUCAUUGAUGUCUUGAGACCAGUAUAUACCAUUCCUUGGAUGGAAGAAUGAUUAUUUUUUUAGUGAGUUCCAAAGUUAGGUGACAAUUGAACAAUUCUACCUUAGCGUCACGAUUGUUCUGAUCAGAUCAAACUAUGUACUGUUUCAUCUCUCGAUUCUUUUUUGUUUCAAAAACAAAUGUUGGUCUACAAUCUGACCUGACUUUCUCUACACACCAUGCAGUUAAAAAAAUAAAAAUAAAUGUUCGGAAGGUAUUAUUUCCUGCCCUGCAUUGAAUAGCUGAAUAUUUAGUAGACAAAAGUCCUGUUGGCCAUUAAGAAAUGUCACUUAUUUUGAUUGGCCAAACAGAGAUAAAAUCUUUAUAGCAAAGUGUUGAUUGGCCAUACAUAUCAAACCAUCAUACAUGUACUUCUCUUCUUAAAUUCUUGCUUCAAACAUUAUUUCAUAACCUAGUACUCUCCAUGAUGUAGCUUCUAUAGUUUUAUUGCACCAAUAUUGAUACAUCUUCAGAAAGUGCAUGUGCUGUGCAAUGGUUAUAAUAUUUGAUUCAAUUAAUAAAACAAUAGUGGUCUUUGGAAGUUAAAUAGAAAUUUCGGGAGUGGUGUGAAUUUCGAAAAUUUUGCAAAACCUCUUAUAUGUAAUUAAUUCCUUCUUGAGAUAUUUUAGUGUAAUUGAUUGAAAAGUAAUUUUGAGUAUCCAUCUUGCUUUCCUUGCAUGCGUACAUGUACAUUACAAGUAUGGACAAGAGAAAAUUAUAGAUAUGUGCUAUUACAUUUCACAUUCUAAUCCAGAUAUGUAUAAGAAUUUAUUUCUACUUGGUCCAUUAUAAAUCAGUCCUUGUUAUUUCACUGGUCAGAAUAUAUACUUAUUGUAAUA